AUGAUGAUGCUUCGCCGCUCAGCCGCCACGUUGAUUCGCAACGCCACACCCGCUACGCGUGACUUUAGUGGCGCUGCCAACGCUUCGGGUGAUAUCACGUUUGAGUUUGCCGCACCCUAUGAUCUACACCGUCUUGAGGAGGGACCGCCUGAAUUUGCCGUGACUAAUCGUAAGGAGAUGAUGGACUAUUAUAAGAUGAUGUACACGAUGCGUCGUAUGGAGAUCACGAACGAUAACGAGUACAAGGCCCGUACUAUUCGCGGUUUCUGCCACUUGUACGAUGGACAGGAGGCUGUAGCUACUGGUGUGGAGGCCGCUUUGGACCGUACGGACUCGUGGAUUACGUCAUACCGUAACCACUGUAUCAUGCUCGCUCGUGGUGCGGAGGUGAAGGACAUUCUGGCUGAGCUGUUUGGUAAGAAGGAUGGCGCCACUGGUGGCAAGGGUGGCUCCAUGCAUUUCUACAGUAAGAAGGCCAAUUUCUAUGGUGGACAAGGUAUUGUCGGUGCCCAAGUACCAGUUGGAGCGGGUCUGGCAUUUGCCAGCAAGUACAAUCACAAUGGCGAGGGCCUUAUGCCUUGCGCCAUCACCAUGUUUGGUGACGGUGCCGCUAACCAGGGUCAAGUCUUUGAAGCUGCCAAUAUGGCUGCUCUGUGGAAGCUACCGGUCAUUUUCUGCAUUGAAAACAAUCAAUACGGUAUGGGAACGUCUGUUCAGCGUUCAUCCAACAACACGGAUUACUACACUAUUGGCAAUAAGAUCCCCGGGAUCAAGUGCGAUGGUAACGACGUGCUCGCCGUGCGUGAGUGCACCAAGUUUCUGAAGCAGUGGUGCGGCGAAGGCAAGGGUCCCAUCUUUGUGGAAAUGAACACGUACCGUUACCACGGCCACUCCAUGUCUGACCCCGGUGUGACGUACCGUAAUCGUGACGAGAUCUCGCAGAUACGUGCAUCGCGUGACCCCAUUGAGCUCGUAAAGAAACGCAUGAUCGAGGGUGAACUUGCUACGGCGGACGAGAUCAAGGAAGUGGAGAAGAAGGUGCGCGCCGAGGUUGUGAAGGCUACCAAAGAAGCCAAAGCGUCGGGCAAGCCCGAUGAGUCUUCAGCUUUUGAGGGCGUGUACGCGGACGAAAAGGGAAACAACGAGUACCCGCCGUUCAUCCGUUUCCCCGACUACGCCAAGAGCAUGUACAACGGCAAGCGUCAGUAA